UAUUGGGUUGAUAGUCAGCCAUCAUUCAGCGAGAUGGCUUUGUGCAGUUGUCGUUUGCGAUAUUUGCUUUGUAAAAUAUUACUUUAAAACAGCAAAGAACACCCUCCUAAUCUAUUUAUUUGUAGUUUUAAGGAUUCUACCCUGUGAAUAGUGGUGUAUUUCGUGAUGUGGCAACCAGAGAAGGCGGUCAAAAGUGUCUAAGAAAAAUCGAGUGUGUAUUUAAAAGACGCAUACAAGAGUGAAGAGAAUAAAAAAAAACAGCUUAGAGCUUUUUGUGAUUGUGUGUGUGAAAUCCCUGAUAAAAGACGGCAUCGAAGAGAUAAAAACACAAAGAAUUUCUUCUUGUUGGGGGGACUGAGAAGGAAAAUUCUCACAGAGUCUCUUUUGGCGUGUGUAUGAGUGUGUUGGGAAAUGAAAGGUGAAGCGGCAGAUGUCUGUCAAAAAGCCACACGAACUCUCCAUCAUCUUUUUUUUUAUGUCGUUCGUCUUAUCUCAAUUCGCCUUUUUUAUUGUUAUUUCUCAAUUUUUUUUAUCCGUUUAAAUUUUGAAAAUCUCUCAAGAGCAAUUACUUCAGUGGUUUUUUAUUGGUGAGGAGCUUCUUUGAGAGAUUGCUUGAGUGUGUCCUGUAAAAAAAGAUUUUUCUGGCUGUCAUUCGGUGUGCCUUUGUCCAGGAACUUUCUUGGGUUUGUGGAUAGGAGAAACUUUUUGAGGAAAAAAGAAAAGAAGAGGAUUGUGGAAGAUAUCCAACACAUACACGCAAGGGGCACUGUCGGGAUAGAAGCUAAAAAAGAUAGAGAGAGGUAAGACAAAUAAAUCAUACUCCCAGAAGCCCAAGCGCGAUUCUCGGGAGCAGAGAGAGACAGACGUGCCUCAAGAAACUCAAAAAGCUCACAAAAGCGAUCAAAAAAGUGACGACAAAAAAAAAACAGACUCUCAAAUCACAGUGAGUCACGCUUGAAAGUGCGGAUUUUGUCUCCGGAACCCGUAGAGAGUGAGAGAGAGAGAGAUAGAAGGCGAUACUGCUGGGCCACACUAUUGAUAAUCGGGAGAUUUUUGUGAAAGAUUCCCCCAAAAGACAAAGGAAGAACGCCAAAAUCCGCUGCAGAUGUCAGAAAUAUUCACUAGAGAAUCUCUACUUAAUCAGCAAUAAACUCAUACAUGUGCACCAACCAUCGCUAAGACCGAGUGAAUCUCGACCAGUCUUCAGUAUUCCGCCGAGACUUUGCCACUCAGCACGCAUCGUGGGGCCUCUGAUUUUAUGAGCAAAUAGGAAUUUAUAAGGAAAAAAAUGUGUCUCAAAGUGCAGUGAUUCAUCAAGCGCGAAAAACCGAUUGAAAACAGCCCGUAAUCCGUAUUAUCCAACAUCUCCAUUAUCACAAGGAUUAUCCCCAGGAUAACUUGGAUAAAAGAACAGGCAGUUUUAAAAGAAAUGUAAAAAUUAGUGCUCUAAACUCGAUCAAACGCGAAAGAAAAACAAGUGAAAAAAUCCUCAUUUUGUCCUUAAGAGUGGAACGAAAAAAGAAAACCGAAAAAAACAAGAUAUCCAUCCUUUCCUCACAUUCUUUUUUUUUGUGGUUCAUCCGUCUCUGGGUGAAUUUCAAUUGCAAAUCCCCAACACACGAAAAAAAAUAAAGAACCCCUCCCUCCCGCCUAUAGUGCGGGGGUUUUUUCUUCUGUGGAAAUUCGACCUAAAUAUUCAUCGUAUGUGUGUGGAAAUUGAUUGUGUUAUGCUGCAGUGAAAAUGUGUAAUGUACCGCCAAAAUUCUACCAAGUGUGCCGACUCUGUCUAACAGUUGUGAGUGAUAAUGACCUAAUCAAAUUGUCCAUCUAUCCCACCUUGUCACCUGCGGGCAGGACAAGGAGGGAAUCAUCGGCUCACAAUGAUGCCACAGAUGAUAGUUCACCAUCAUCACCCAAAUCCAGUGCAGAGGAUGAGGGUAGUGAGUCAAAGAAUGAUGGACAACAGUGGAAAAAAGUGAAAUUGGAGGAUGAGGGGGAGGAUUUAGUUACCAGGAAAACGGUGGUGGAAUCAACCAACAACUGUGAUCGUCAUGUCAAUGAUGAUCAUCGUCGGGAUGUUGAAGCUACGAUGAUUGAUAGUAAUGCUCACCUAACCAAUGGUGGCUCACACGACAUCCCCGAGAGGAUAUACCAGUGUCUCUCCAUCACGAUAACUCCUGCUGAUGGAUUGCCCAAUGUUGUGUGUAGGAAAUGUCGUGAGCAAUUGGAUAUUUGUCAUCGAUUUCGUGAAGUGGCCCACAAAUCACAGAAAAGUCUUGAACAAUUUCUCCAACUUACCACCAAAUUUGAAGGAAGUGCUCAGGAAGUACUGGCCAAGUCUGCGGCAAAACUGGAGGAACUUCUCACGAGCUCGAUGGCAAAAGUGGCAGUGGCGGGUGAAGUGGCAAGAUCAGCAGAAACAUCGUUACCAAUUCAUCAGAUGAGACAACAGCAGAGACAUUCGAUGCCAACACAGCAAUCCCGGAUUGAUUCUGAGCGAACAGCUGUGGCGGCUCUGACAGAGUUGAGCAAUAUGUCAUCAAACUUAAAUGCAGUGUCCUCUUCCAGUGUUUCAUCUGUCGUCGCAUCGUCAAUCACGGCCGUAUCGUCUCCAUUGACAUCGACGGCGUCCUCUGUUACCUCAAUCAUAAGCAAAAAUCAUUUGGAUCACUUAGAGGCGAAUUCAGUGUCGGUUAUACCAUUAGAGAGUGGUGGUGGUGGUGGUGGUGGGAAUAAGCGACUGAAUGUUGCGGGUGAUGUGAAUCACAUCAAAAAUCUGUCACAUCUUCAAAAAUUGGAAACUGCCGCUGUUCUUAUGGACAUCAGUAAGAAAGUUAUUAUAUCACCACCAAGUUCCAAUCCACAGUCACCCAGUCAUCAUCAACAGCAGCAAUUCCAAAAUCACCUGAAACACCAGCAGCAACAGCCUAGUAUUACUUCUUCUGUGAUAAAGUCGCACGAUUUUAUGGGAAAUUCACUUAAAAGAUCAAUGAGUCACGAGGAAAUUGAUUUAUCACUGAAACGCGUCAAAUUACCAUUGAAAGCGAUUCCUGAACCAUUUAUAGUAAAACACGAGCAAUUGGAUGAUGAAUAUCAGCAACAAGAGGAGAAUAGUCUCAAUACUGAUUCUGGCGAUGAUAGUUCAGAUCCGGGAAGACUUCAAGUGGACAUUUCGUCGUCCCAAGAGGGCUUCGAUGACAAUGAAAAUUUUGAGGGGAAGAAGACAGGAAGUGGAAAGACACCAGAUAAACAGGCUAAAGAUAGUGGAGUCAAUUCGGAAAUUGAGUCAAAUGUAACAGAUCCUGCCACAACGCAAUUGUGGCAAGUUCUGGCUCAGUCAUCGAUUAAUGGUGGUGGCAAUGAAGCAACUCAAUUGCUCAAGAGAAUGAUUAACAGCAGCAAAUCUUUGGGAUUUCCUCUCUCGCUGGGCAUUUCAGGAUCAUUAAGUGAUCAACCAAUUGCUCUCUUAAAGGACAAAGGAAGCCACAAAUCGUCUGGGAGGCGCAAGCAAUCGUGCCCGAGUCGAACUCCAUUGGAGAAUACAUCGACAGUGGAUACCCUUUGCGACAGUUCAUCAUUGUUGGCUGAGGCUGCAAAUGCCGCAGCUGCAAAUCUCGAAUUUUCUUCAGCAAAUAAUCCCACAUGGAUUAAUUACUCUGAUGAGAGAUCCAAAAAUACCACAGCACAGUCGAAUAAUAAGAAUUUGAACAAUCAAAAAGAUAUGUCGUGUACCAACUGCGGUACAUUAACUACGACAAUUUGGAGGAGAAAUAUACGCGGUGAGAUGGUUUGCAAUGCAUGUGGGUUGUAUUUCAAACUGCACGGAGUUAAUCGUCCACAUACGAUGCGCAGAGACACUAUUCACACACGCCGAAGGAGGCCACGUGGGGAUAAAUCUGUUCGAAAAAAAUCCAAACAACAUGAUGACGGAGGUGCUGCUGACCAGGAGAGGAUAUCAGAGCGGGGAAUCGGGGGUAGUGGAUCGGGCGCCAGUGGAGCGUCCGAGGAUGCCCUCUGCGGAAAUCCCGACUUGCAAGCACUCAAUAAUCACAAUCUGCUAAUUGCCUUAGGUGGUGUGGCUCGAAGCUCAAAUGCUCACUUCACAAUGCCGCACUAUUCUCACUUCUUGCGUGCCUCUCAAAACUAUCCGGAUGUCACUAGUGGGGUGGCGGUGUCGGGUGCAGAUCUAACUGCAGACGACAGCGCACCAGAAAAUGACUUGGACUCAUGCAACUUGCCCCUGAAUCUAGUGGCAACCCAACUGGGUGGAAGUGAUUCUUCGCAACACUGACUGAUGAUGAUAAGUACAUGACAAUGAUUCUCUUUUUUAUACACCAUUAUUCUCUUGUUCUGUAGUGUUUUUUGUUUAAAAAAAACAAACAAACAACAAAAAUACAUUUGCGUUUGUGUCACAACGAAGUGAAUUGACGAUGGAACUAAAUAAAAGAAAAAAUGAACAAAUUUCUCUGAAAUCUUUGGAGGAAAUUGUUGAGGAGGAAAUUAAUUUAGUAACUUUAAAAAAAAAUAUAUGAAAAAUCUCAAAAGGAAGAAGCAUACAUUUUUUUCACUAUUUAAAAAAAAUACAAAAACUCAUUCUUUCUAAUUCUUAAAUACUCAAGUAAAGUCUCUGUGUUUUUUUUUUUAAUUUUAUUUGUGACUAUUUAAUAAAUUAUUUUAUCGUACUUUUUGACAAUAUUUAAAUAGAAAAGGAGGAAAAAAUAAUUACUAUAAAGAUUAAUGAAAAAAUCUAGCAAUAAUGAAAUCUUGCGGUAUUAGAAUUGUUUUUGUUUUUUAAAUCUUCACAAAUCUAUUGAACUCUCUUAAUUUUUGCAAAAAUAAAUUUAAAAAAUCAUUUGAAUAUUUAUUGAGUAAAUAAAAGUGAAAGUUGCGCUCUAAUCAUUAGACAAUUCAAACAGGCUAUAAAAAGAUAUUAAAUCCUUUAAUUGAAAUGGGGAAAAGAUAGCACUGCGAAAACUUUACUCUUCUGCCUAAGACUAAAUAUUUAACUAAAAGAUAUUUUACACUGCAUAUAAUGGAGGAAAGAAAAAAUACUUAUGAAUUUGCAAAACUAGCAUUGACUACUAUAUUAUAUAAGAUUAUUGAAAAAAUGCAAGUUCUAAUAGCAUACUAAAAACUAAAAAAAAAAACAAAAUCAAGUAAUAAUGAAAAGGAACUCAGUGAACAAAAAUAAAUAAAGUUUCAAAAACUGAAAAAUGCUAAAAUAUUGUAUUAUAACUAAAAAAGAAAAUUUAGAGAGUUUUCAAACAGGAAAAUUUUAAAUAAUAUUGACUUUAAUCACAUUUUACAAAAUAAAGAAAAUUAGUUCUUGAUUUUCCCUCGAAUUUACGUGAAGAAAGAAGAAAAAAUAGCGACAAAAAAUUUAAUAAAAAAAGGGAAACAGCUGUAUUAAGACACGACCUAAACUUACGUAUUGAAAAAAAGCUACUUAAAAAACCGAAACUUAUUUAAAAAACAAAAUUUGCUAAAAACAUACAUUCUCAAAAUUUUAAAAAUAAAAUCGUAGCAGGAAAAAAACUUAUUAUGAUAAAAAAAUGGAAUAAUAUACAAGAAAAUCAAAAAAUUACAGAAUAAAAAAUUACAUUUAAAAAUAUAUUUAAAAAAAAGGAAUAAAAAAAAAACAUAACGUUAAUAUUAAAAUCUUGCCUGUAGCAAAACAACCAAUUGUGAUAAGGAUGAAAUAAGAUAGUGAAAAAAAAAAUUAAAAAAUAUAUAUAUUAUGAAAAAUUAAUUAACAAAAAAAAUUGGUAAGUAUUCGCUUUUCUCCUCUUUACUAUCUACUAUAUAUACAUUCAAUGAUUACUAAACACCAAUAACAAUAAAAAAAAAGUUUGAUACUCAAGAAGAAAAAAAAAUUAAUAAAACUUUGGAAGAUACAAAAAAAUAGGAGGGAAAAUCCUGAUAAAGUCACUCGGAGAUAAAAUUUUCGAAUGUGUCAGGGAGGGUGAAAUUAAAAAAAAAAAGAAAAGUCAAAUUGAGAUGGAAGAAUGUUAUUUAUGAAUAUAUUUUUACACGAUUUUAGACGUACUGUGAGAAACUAAAGAUGAAAUUGAUAAUAAAAAAAAGAUAGAUAUUUCUUCAUGUUAGUGGUGAAAAGGGGAAAAAGUAGAGAGAAAAAAAAAGAAUUUUGUUGCAAUGCAAGAAAAAAAAACUAACAUUGAUAAUAAUGCAAAAUGUAAAUUAAAUCUUCCUCUGAUAUUUCCAUAAAUAUAUUGAAUAAUUCGUAAUAAGUUUUAGGACUCACAAUGUGAAUGAUGAAUUUAAUCGAAUUGUCUUGCAAUUCUGUUAGUAUCUUAUACUUCUACCUUACAUGUUGAAAAUUUUGACAUUUUAGGGGGUCAAUUUCCAAAGAAAA